AUGUCGGAUGUUUUGCACGGGGAUUCGGUCAAUUCAACAGAUUUGCGCAGCUUUACAUCUCUGGAUUUCCAUAGUCGUUCAACAUUGUAUGAUCAAGUGGAGCAAUUGAUUGCUGGAAACCUUGAAGUGUUAAAGCCACUUGACAUGGUUAUGCAUUUCUUAAACGACGUGUUUUCCCAUAAUUCUAUUCCGAAUGUUUCGGCUAUGUCAAUGCAGCGCGUUGCUUCUUUAUCUGAUCAUGGUGGUUUGUGGCUUGUCGAUUCUGGGAGAGAGGUUAUAUCUGUUGCUGUGGUAGCUCAGAUUAGUCCAUAUGCAGAUGAUUUGAAAUGUGGUGAAUAUCUUGAUAUGAACGUGUAUAAUCAAGAGAUCAAUCUGGAUUCACUUCGAAGAGCUUCUGCUCGUUUGUUUUUCAAUCAAGUGUCUUCAUCUGAGGAAUUCUCGGACGAAAUUGCAAACAUAUAUACUGCGCAUAGUUCUCGGUUUCAAAAGUUGUUGAACGUGCUGCAAGAAGUUACUAUGCAGUAUCUUGAUUCGGUGAAGGCUAUUGAUGGUGAGGAUGUUAUAGAGAAGUUAUAUCCUCAGCAAAGUAUCAGCAUGAGUACAUUUGUUGAUCUGCAUGAUUUUGGUCACUACGGUUUGCGUGCCAAAACCACAAAUAUAUUUCACAAUGUUCCUGGACGAAGGACUAGGCAAUCGACUGCCAUGAUGAAUAUUCGUGGACAAUUACCAGAUCCAAGGAAGUUAAAAUCAUCUGAGAAGGAAAAGAAUCUUAAAGCACUGAUUACUGACAAGGAUGUUAGUGAAGUGGACAUAAGGGAAAGGUUGUUAGGUCAUUGGCCGGAUUCGGAAGGAGUUAUUAGGUCUCUUGCAGAACGACACAAUUUAUCCUCUGUUCGCAUGCACAUACCUGAUGUGUACGAUUCACAGGGGGCAUUGGUGCAUCCCAUGGAUUAUGAUCAGGUUCUUACAUGUGGCCGCAUUGUUUCAGUCGAAUUUAACUUUCAUCUUUGGGAUAUCACUAAGGGAAGUAAUGGGAAAGCAGUGAAUAAACCAAAUCAUAUUUGUUCGAACAUUAUCCACAAACUUCGUGUGUUGCCAGAAGAUGAAGAUGAUAUGCGACUUUUAUUUCAUACCGAGGCACUUAAACGGGCCGAUGAUAUUGAUCGUCUUGCUGAAGAAAAUCGAUUAGCAGAGGAAGCUCGGGAGUUGUCUCGACGAGAAGAAGUUCUUCGUUUGGAACAAAGUAUGGCGAAAGCAAAGUCCUUAGCUGAUACAAAGAAAAAGCGCUUGGACGAAUUGCGUGUUAAAACGACGAAGAAUUCUUCUACAACGUCGUUGGCUAAACGGGGUGCGGGUUCAUUGCCUAGUGGUAGUUUGAGGAAAUCAAAACGUCUAGAGUUGAAGAAAGGAGUAGUUGAUAUGGAUGGUGAAGAAGAGGAAACCACUGAAGAAAUGUUUGUUGAUUUGAGUUGA